AUGAGGUCUACAAUCAGACAUCAAGUGUCGUCUUCAUUGGCACCGAUAGAGAGACGGACCACUCUUUUAGACGACUUCCCACCGCUGAACACGUCGUCCACGCGAUCGUCGCCGCACUCGGACUCCAAUUACGUGACCAGAAAGCGGUACAACAGUCUGACAGUCUGGUUGGGCACCGUAUGGUCGUUGGCGAUACUCAGUUCAUCCAUACUGGGAAUACUGAUCACACUCUACGUCCAGACAUUUCUACUGAUGAAGUCCUGUGAAGGGGCGCUGAGAAGUGCCAAUCAAGCGCUGGUGAUCUGCCAUUUGGUAGCCGUCGCCGUCACUUUCUUGGGCUCAUCCCUUUACGUGUUUUAUCCGACGUCAAUGAUAUGCUGCUUACGGCAUACCAUACACAACAUCAGCGUUACUUUGCUUUUCGGUUCGCUACUCAUCCGCGCCAUGUAUAUCAGGGCCCAGAAGUCUAUAGGGCUGGGCGGGCGCACCAGUCGCUUGAAU